CUUUCGACGCACAUGAGCGGUAUCACUUCUUCGAGGGGUUCUAUCCGGAACAAGGGGGGAUGAACACGUCACUUUUACAUGAUGAAGCGGCCGAACGAAGGGCACCACACUCUAGACAAGCAUCGCCGACGCAGUUGUGGAUGGAUGUUCACGAGUACUGAAGAGCAUCUUGCCGCGUACCAACGGCUGGAGCGCCCUGUCGUUGCAAGAGCUAUUCAACUGCUGAAAACUCCACCGUCGAGGAACCGCGACGCACCACAUCGUGUUGAUCUACGCUCGGAUAGUUCCCUGCGGCCAAGCAGAGUCACUCGUUCUGGCUUGAUGAUUCAAGUCCUGCAAUCGAAAGCGUCCAAAUCGGCAUCGCUCCGCAGCGACUCGAGUCCGUCAACAUGGUCCAUAAGACCCCAGUUUGUGCCCCAUGACCAUCCAGCGCUGCUUGGUAACUCUCCACGUUCGCUGCCCGUGAUUCCCGCAACAUAUUCCACCGAUCUGUGGGCACCGAUCAAGACGUCCCCAUUCUUCGGCUUUACUCAACCUUGCAAUUCCUUCGGCAGUGUUGCCGCGGACGCGGAGGUACUGUUGGACACCCGUCCGAUAUGCUAUACAUUUUCAAGCCCGUUCGUCCCCGCGGCCUCAGUCGUCCACGUAUCGUCCAUAGAACAGACCCCUCCACGACUGGCGCAUAGCGCACCGUUACCACCUUCUUCGCCGCUACCAUACGUCGACGAGACGCCGUGCGUUCGCUCCCCGGUCACUUUGACGCCGCACUCGUCGCCCAUCGCUGUCCGCGGCACCCUAUCACCAUCCGUGCAACCCUUGAUCAACCGCCUCGCUGUGGACGAUGCCUUCCUCCGACAGAGGAGGGCCAUUGCGUUCCGACAAAUCACCACACCUUCUCCUUCGAAGCGGAAGAUGUCCCAUCGCGCGACUCUACUGCGCCGUCGGCCUCCUCGUCCGUCGCCUCGGCCGUCGUUGUCAGCGUAAUUGUCGCAGAGUCUUGUAUAAAUUCUAUGGGGUAAUUAAAUUUGGAAUUAAAUUCUGUUCUGGA